CAGACCUAUAAAUUUUUUUCAUUUUUUUAUUUGCAAUCUUAAUUUUUUUUAUUAAUUAAUACUUAACAGAAAUUCCCAAAGUAUCAAAGUGACAAGUCGUAAUUUUUAAAUUUCAAUUUUCUGUCAUAAAUUUGAAAAAAAAUUUUUUUUGAGUUCGUAGAUAUUCACAAAAAUGUUAUUAAUUUACAUUAUGAUUAUUGUUGCAAAUAUUUGUGUGAGUAAAAGUCAUGACUGGGGCUACACUGCAGAAAAUGGUCCAAGUAAAUGGCCCGGCUUGUGUAAAAAUGGUAAAAGACAAUCACCAAUAAAUAUUGAAACAGACAAUACACUAAAAGAUGAUUUAGGAUCAUUAAAAUUUUUGCAUUACGACUAUGCGUACACUGGAAUAUUAACAAAUACUGGGCAUAAUGUACAAAUAACAUUGUCUGGUGUACCAAUAUUUUUAAGUGGUGGUGGAUUAAUGUCGACUUAUGUACUUGAGCAAAUGCACUUCCAUUGGGGUGCUGAGCAUACAAUUGACAACACACGUGAUGCACUAGAACUACAUUUAGUACAUCGUGAUAAACAAUACGAAAAUGUGUCAAUUGCAUCACAGUAUGAUAACGGGGUUGCUGUUGUUGCUGUUUUAUUUAAGCUUACGGAUGAUGACAAUGACAGUCUUUAUGCAAUAUUGAAAGCUGCUGAAUCAGUAUCGCAGUGGGUUGGGAAGAGUAGCAUUCAAAUCCAACGUAAAGUUAUACCGAUUCAUCUAUUACCUAAUGAUCGGACAACGUUUUAUCGUUAUACUGGUUCAUUAACAACUCCAGGGUGUCAAGAAUCAGUUACAUGGUUCGUUAUGACGGAAAAAUUAACGAUAUCUGACUCACAAGUUAAAAUUUUAAAAAACGUUCAAACGCACAAUGGAACUCUAAAUACAAACUAUCGUCCGACUCAAGAAAUCGGCAAUCGUAAAGUAUAUCACCAUUUACUAGGCUACUCUUCUUCGCCAGUUAUUACCUCUAACCUAAUAAUCCUCUUCCUUACAAUAAUCCUUACUAAAGUUUUCUAGUCUUCCUCAUCCCCUCCAUUCCCCACUCCCCUCUAUUAAUUAAUCAAAUAAACCAAAUAAAUCAAUUACUAAACUAAUAAUUAAAGUCUAGUCCACUUCCAACGAAAAUAAAAUAAACUCAGGUUUUAAAAAUUUUAUUCAUCUGGAAUACAAUUAUUAAUAUAAUAAUAUAUUAUAAUUAAUUUACAAAAAUUUAUUAUAAAUUUUC